UUGUCUGAGUCCCGCCUGCCACAGCUUCAAGCUGCAAGGGAAACGGUUCAAGAGCAGCUACCGCCUAUGGCAGUCUAGCGCUCAUAUGACCGCUGAGGCGGCGAGUGUGCAUGCGUACAACCUGCUAGGGGGGCUGGGAAUUGGACGGGGGAGGGGUAGCGCUGCCGUCACUGCCAGAGCUCUAGGCCUGGCGAUGGCGACCGACGUGGAGUCGUCACUGGAGCUGAGCUUGUCGAGCAGCGGUGCAGAGCCCAGGACGCUGCCCCCCGUGCGCUCCCGCAUUUUCAAAAUCAUCGUCAUCGGGGACUCCAACGUGGGGAAAACGUGCCUCACUUUCCGCUUCUGCGCUGGCCACUUUCCAAAGCGCACCGAGGCCACCAUCGGAGUGGAUUUCCGUGAGCGCGCCGUCGCCAUCGACGGGGAGCGAAUUAAGAUCCAGCUCUGGGAUACAGCAGGACAAGAGCGAUUCAGGAAGAGCAUGGUUCAACACUAUUAUAGGAACGUACAUGCUGUCGUGUUUGUAUAUGAUAUGACAAACAUUGCAAGUUUUCAUAGUUUGCCACUGUGGAUCGAGGAGUGCAAGCAGCAUUUAUUCACCAAUGAUAUACCCCGGAUUUUGGUUGGAAAUAAAUGCGAUUUGAGAAGUGCAAUUCAGGUACCUACGGACAUGGCACAGAAAUUUGCUGAUACUCAUAGUAUGCCACUUUUUGAAACCUCUGCUAAAAACCCUGAUGACAAUGAUCAUGUAGAAGCCAUAUUUAUGACCCUGGCUCAUAAGCUCAAGAGCCAUAAGCCAUUAAUGCUUAGUCAGCCACCUGAUCAUAGCACAAUACAGUUGGAAGCUGAACCAAAACCUGCGGUGACAUGUUGGUGUUAACUUGUAGUAUUUUUAAUCACUCUGUUUUGUGUACAAGUGCUUUAAGAGUGUGGCCUUCGUCAUAAUUCAGUGUAGCAGGAAGUAAGUUGGAUCUUUUUGGCACUUUAUUGUAUGCUUUAUGUCUAGGUAUAUUACAGUCUUCACACUUUGUAACUGUUGAAUCCAAAUUACUGCAGAUUCUGGAAACUGGCUUUUGAAGCUUGACAUAAUCCCAUUAAAGUAGUUUAUAGUUCAGAAUCUUUUCUCUGCUAAAAUAAGGGAAAUAUUAAAAUAUGCCAAUUUUCUAAUACCAUCUUAAACAGUGACACCUUUCUAAGGCCAUUGAAGUCAAUAGACUCAAAAGGGUGUAGGGUAACUUUGUUCAGGAUUUCUCUGUUAGUGUGCUGCCAGUUAACCAGUUCCAUAGGAAAGUAAAGUGUUACAAAGUAAUAAUGUAUACUUGGUAAAUGACUCCGAAAUUCAUAUUUCAGUUGCAUUAUUUUUACCAGUGCACAGUGGAAUUGAAAAAUUUGACUUGAAUGCUAGUAUUGGAUGUCUUUCACUUUCUUCUAAUUGCUUUUUAAUAAUCUCAGUAGGUUCAUGAAGGGAUGCAUAUUAACAGUUUUUCUGCAUAAAGAUGUAAUUUGAAACUCAAAAUGUCAUAUUUUUUUUCUUAUUACUAGCACUCUUUAUAGGUUUGUGCUUAUACUUGAGUGGGAGAAGAAUAUAAAAGACUCGAGAGAAUAGCCAGAAUUAUUCCAGCAUUUGUUACAUACCAUCAUGCUGCUAUCUCUUACCAAAUAGGCAUAUCCUGUAAAUCUAAAGAAACAUUGAAAAUGGCAUUGAGAAACUGUACCUGUAUAAGUCUGUGAUUGUAAAUGUAUUCUGGAGCUGGAACAAUCCAUAUGAUCACCUUAUCUUAAUUUGGUACCUUAAAGAACAGUCUAGCAUCAUAAGAAGAGCCACACCCUUCCCACUUGCACUCCACAACCCUUUGUCCACCUGCCUAUCCUGUCCAACAUAGAGUAAAAUGUGUUUCCAUUUUACAGCUGGAGGGUCUAGGUGUCCCCCUUGCACCACUUUGGAGCUUUAGAUGUAUUUACACUGCUGAGAUCAGCAAUUCUUAACCAUCAGUUUGUAUUUUGUGUUCUCCUACUGUGGUGAAAUGUGGCAUAUCCCAAUGGGAGACUUGCAGUCUUAGUAGACUUUUACUAUGUGGCAUCCAAACCAGUCACAGCAUGAGACAGUUCUAGGCAGACAUUUAAAUCAGAAUACUAGUUUGUGAAGCUCUAACCUGUAGGAAAAACAGUUAAGAUUGAAAAGGUCCAGUGAACUGCAAAUGUAGAUUUAGGUGGACUGAUUCAGAACAACAAAUACUGUCCUGUGUGACUGGUUGAUCUGUGUUCAUGUUGUUUUAAUGUUUUAAAAAUAGCAUGGUUGAAAUGCAGUAUUUCCAGUAUGUAAGAACUUAUGUGCCUUACAGACUAUCCUGCUAUAUUUUACAAAGGAAAAGUAGAAAUGAAUGUUAGUUGCUGUUGUCUGUAAAUGAAGCAACUAUAAAGGUACAUAUGACAGGCCUGGCUUGAUGUUUCUACAUAUGCAAACAGUAUCAAAAAAACUUUUUUAUGAGAAUGAAAACUAAGGCUUGCCUGUUUCUUACCCUUAAGAGCUUUGUUGCUCAUAUGAAGAGUAGAAGAGAAGGGGCUUCCCGUGAUCAUCUCAUAACAUGCAGUACUGGCAAUGGGGAAUCCCACAGCCUUCAUGAAUAGCAUUAUCAGAAAACUGAGAUCAAAUUACCUUUUAAUUUCCUUGUACAGGCAGACCACCUGAGUUUCAUGUAAGUUUUGGAUAUAAAGCUGUUGCCCACUUAAAACUCAUAUAAUUAAUCAAGGCCUCUUUAAUGAGUUAAAGGAGCAUACACUUGCAUGUGAAUAAAACAACAAUUGUGAAUAAAACAUACUUCCUUUAUUUUUAGAUUAUGUACCUGUGGCAUAGGAGGGCUAAGAAAAGAGCUUGUUUCCUGUAUGAUAGGAAAGAACAAUGCCUCUUUUAACUACAGACAUGUAACCAUUUGAUUACCAGAAAUUAAAAAGGGAAAGUAAGCUCUGAAAGUAGGCUCUGAAAACAGCUCUGAAGUAUCAGUAUUGUGUGUUAACACUUAAUUUGCCCAAUGUAGUUUUUGAAACUGUUCACUAACUAUAUGCUGCUGUUGGAGGCGGCGGGGAAUAAAUAUGAGCAUUUACUUUUAAUCUUUACCUUAAUAUAACUAUCAUCUGUCAUUUUAAGAUAAUCGCAGAUAUAUAAUGGAUAAAGAUAUUUUAUUGAAAAUUACUGAAGUACAAAACACUAGCUUUAUGGUCUAGGUUUAAAUGAAUAUUGCACCACAGUCACUAAAAGGCAUGAUCCGUGGACACCCUAGUCUAAGCAUGCAUGUGGAUGGUGCUUGGGAUUUUAUAUAUUCUUUUUUUGCUUAUCAGUACAGCUGUUACAUGGGGGGGUUUUGUACAGUACUUUAAAAAGGGAAUUUUAUCAAUUUUAAACCUUAAGUUUUCAUUUAGUUUAUACUGCUUUGAUGAAUAAUUGGUUGUGUGUGUAAUUAUUUUUAAUAAAAUUGUCUUAAAUGUGUAUGAUUUUCAAACAUGGUUUACAUUCCUCUCUUAGAGGACUCGCCUGUUUACUUAAAUUAAGAAUAUGAAGUAAAAGAUUUAGUGCAAAUGUAGUUAUUUUCAUUUAUAAACUUAAAAAAAAAAUUCAAGCACAAAAUAAAGGGUUUAAUUAAGUGGAUAAGGAUUGGAAGCAGGUCCUGAAGGUCCUAGCACCCAGUACAACCUUUGGAACUUAUAACUGUUUACGGAAUUCUUUUUCCAUUGAAUUGCAAAAAUAAUGCUAGAUAACAUUUUUCAACAGCAUUUUUUAUCAUAUUGCUGGAUAUAUACACAGUUAAUCCAAAAUGAUUCCCUAUGUAACAAUAAUGCUUUAAGUACUAAAGUCAAUGUCAUUUUGUAUUUUUUAAAAUCCUGCCAAAGUAACGAAGGGUUUCUUUGUAUGUGUUAUUGUUCAGAAUAACAACAUUAUGUGACACUGUCUUAAAAUUAAUAAAUCCAAUUCUGCCACA